AUCCAACAUCCUGUUCUCAAAGUGGCCAACCAGAUGACUCUGGAAAAUUCUCAAGCAGAACCAGAAUAGUUUCCAGCAAUGUUUUCAAAAGAAUUUCUCCCUCUGACUGCAGGCAGAGCACAACCAUCAUGACUUGUAGCCGCUGAUAGCCUUAUCCUCCAUGAAUUUUUUCUGGCUCUCUUUUAAAGGCUUUCACUACCUCCUGUGGGAGUGAGUUCCAUGGUGCAAUCUUAUCCUGAGAUAAACACAAGAAGUAAAGGAGUAGUUUUCUCUCUAGGACUGGCCUGUUCAUGUGGCAGACUCAAGUAGCUGCCUCGGGUGGCAGAAUCCAAGGAGCGGCACUGCUGUGGGCAUCCUACCCUCCCCCAAAGAAGCGGCUGCGGUGGGUUCUGGCAAGAUCUCGCAAGAGCACUGCAGGUACCCCACCUACCCACCGCUGCUGUUGCAGAAUUGAGAAGUGACUGGUUUGGGGUUCCAGUGAGAUCUCACAAACAGUCCUGUGAAAUCUUGCCGGAACAUGUAAGUCACUGUGCAACCCCAGUAAGCAAGGCUGCAAUGGGGUUGUGUGUGCAGGCUGGUCCUUUCCUUUUUCGUCUCUGACAAUAAAAUGGGAAAUGUCUGUGUCUAUGGUUUCUAGCACUGGCUUUCCUGCCCUGGAUAUGGAUGGGAAAAGCAGAGGCAAUGGGAAGUCUGACUUCCCACCUUAUGCUUGGCUGUCCUUCACUCACUCAGCUACCCCGUUGGAGGUGCUGCUGCAGUUCUCUUUCCCAUGUGAACAGCCUGCAGUCUUUCAUCUGCAUCACAAUUGCCCAGAUGGUGCUAGUGGUUGGAAGGUGUGUGUGUGGGGGGGGCAUUCAGCCCUGGAUAUAUCUUUAGGGUGCGCUUUUGAACCUGGCAGAGUUUCAUUUUCCCUUACUCUGCAACCUGUUUUAGUAAGAUGAUCUGCCGUGAAAUUAUUUCCUUGGACGUAAAGUAAAAGCUGAUGCUGACCAUUUCAACGGCAAAGCUUUGGAAUCUGUAGACUCUUCCACAAUAAGGGCUGGCAACAUAGGCUCAAAGCUUAGCUCCAUGUUUUCCUACACAGAUAGGAGGGCUAAGAAAAGACUCUGGUACUCAACCCCCCCCCCUUGCCGGAUACCCAUUCUCAUACCCAGCACAGGCACCUGUGAACUCCUGGCAUCAGAUGCACCUAAAGGGCACUGCAUGCCCUUCAUUUACCUCAAGACCCUAACCUAAUUCUGCAGUAGCACAGCAGUUGCUUGUAUGUUCUGUGCAAAGAAUGUGUUUUCGGGUAUAUAUACAGAGUCUUAAGAUUGAAUCAUAAAGUGGCAAAUGAGGAACUGGGGACCUGAGCUGCUGCUUUUCAGUGCAAAGAGAAGCAGAGCAGAAAGGGUGACACAUCUUAGGGAUAUUGUUCAUCUCUCUCCCCCCGGUCAGGGUUCCUAGAGGUGUGCAUGCCACAAAUCAAGUUGGGGAUUUCAGUAGGUGGGGAAGAUUUUUAAUUCCUUCCACAGCUGCUGCUUUUCCCUUGCAAGUUAUGCCUCCCCAAGGAUUCCAGACCCAUAUUUGCUGCUUAAUGUCUUAUUCCAUUCUGAGGAUCAAGCCACACAAGCACUCGCCAGCCCCCGCUUUUUAUGUGCUGUUUUUGUUUUAUUCUUGGCUCUGAUUUUUCUUAUCUCUGUGGUGUUCUUCCUCUCCCUCCCCCCCCAAAACACAUCAUCUUCAUUUUGUGCUAUAUGUACAAAAUAGAUAUUUUGCGUGUGCCUGAAACUUACACCUAAUUUUUAUUUAUAUUUGUAUCUGCCUAUGGGACCCAGGUGCAUAUGGGACCCAGGUGGCACUGUGGGUUAAAGCACUGAGCCUAGGGCUUGCUGAUCAGAAGGUCGGCGGUUCGAAUCCCUGUGACGGGGUGAGCUCCCGUUGCUUGGUCCCAGCUCCUGCCAACCUAGCAGUUCGAAAGCACGUCAAAAUGCAAGUAGAUAAAUAGGAACCACUACAGCGGGAAGGUAAACGGCGUUUCCAUGUGCUGCUCUGGUUUGCCAGAAGCGGCUUUGUCAUGCUGGCCACAUGACCUGGAAGCUAUACGCCGGCUCCCUCGGCCAAUAAUGCGAGAUGAGCGCGCAACCCCAGAGUCGGUCACGACUGGACCUAAUGGUCAGGGGUCCCUUUACCUUUACCUUUACUAUUAUCUAUCUGUCCAUAGCUGCCAAGUUUUCCCUUUUCUCGCGAGGAAGCCUAUUCAGCAUAAGGGAAAAUCCCUUAAAAAAAGGGAUAACUUGGCAGCUAUGUAUCUGUCUAUCUAUCUAAACUUUCUAUAUACAUAUAGCACAUGCACACACACACACUCCACCUGGAUAGUUUGUUUGAAACAAACUUGCACACUUCACAAGGAGAGGGAAGUUAGCAUAACAAGUUUACCUUUGCUCAGAGCAUGCCAUGUGCACAGGGGAAAAGCAAAAGGUGUGAGCCUUGAAGACAUCCACUCUGAAACAAAAACAGGCAGCGAGACCUUCAUUAGCAUCUCUCCAGUGGUUGGAACAGGCUGGGUCAUGUCACAAGUUGCUUUCUACCCGCCAGCCCUCCAAGACAUCUUUUGACUAAUAAUGUCAAAAACUGUGUGACUUGAAAUACAGUGGUACCUCUACUUACGAAUUUAAUGCGUUCCGAACGCACAUUCGUAAGUCGAAAAAAAUUGUAAGUCAAAUCCCAUAGGAAUGCAUUGGGAGAAAAAAAAACCGUAAGUAGAAGCAACCCUAUCUAAAAAUCCGUAAGUAGAAAAAAUCCUAUCUAAACAAGAUGGCGGACGGAGCUCCAUUCGUAAGUAGAGUUAUUCGUAAGUAGAGGUACCACUGUAUAAUAUAGAAAUAGAUCUACUUAAAAAUGGAAGAGUAAUUUGAGAAUGUCUCCUUUAAAAUCUUGUGGUUCCAUGUAGGGUCAAGACUUGGGGACCCAUCACAAGCAUUCUCAAAAUCCUUUGACUGCAUAUACACUGUAAAUGUUUGAUAGGCAAACAUUUAAACAGAAUACUGCUGGCCACUGCUAUUUUUCUAGAAAAAGAGGUGCUAGAACUCACCAUGAGCACCUCCCUUGUUCUCUUAUAAUGGCAAUGGUGUCCACCUGAGAGGUGCUGGAACUGAGUUCUGGCUGAAAAAAAGCUCUGCAGCUGGUCCAUAUUAAGGGGAGGGGAAAGGAUUGAGUGGCUUUUUGCAAUGCCACUUCCAUCCCCUAACUUACUCUUCUAUUGCAACAGUGCAAGUUUGCUUCCUGCAAUCUGCCUGUUGUUUUCCACUUUCAAAGGAUGCCCUUUUCAGAAUUCCUUUUUAUUCUAAAGGGCAGAAUAUGGCACCAAAAGAAUGAUUGGGAAAUUGCUUAUGUGUAUUGCAAUGGAUAUGAGUCAUAUCACACAGCCCUACCAAUGAACUUCUUUUCCAUAAGGAAAAACGAAGACGUAUACCCCAAAGUAUAGCACCUCUUUUUUCACGCACACUCCCCCCUCCCCGCUCUUUAAAAGUGGACACUGUUGAAUUACCAAAUGCCAGAUCCAAACUAUAAGCUCAUUGGCUACACAGGAUCAAGUGUGACUAAACCACGGGGGGGGGGGGCUCUAAUCCCCAAACCCACAUUGCCACUUGUUUUUCCAGUACUUGCUUGUAUUGUGAGUUGUUCUAUGUAAUCACUGCACUUCUGUACUAUCCUGUACUAAGUUCUUUUGUACAAAGAAUGGCAGCUUACAUGUGGUUAUUCCAUCAACUACAUGCAUGAAAAAUAUACAUACCUGAAGGUACUUUGCUCUGAAUUUAAUAUUUUGUUUCAGCUACUUCCCCCAUUCCUAGAUGCCUUUAAAUGCUUGGUGAUGGUGCAUGUCUGCUCAGCAGAAGCCCCUGAACCCUCGCCCUUUUAUCAAUCUGUUCCCAAAGGGAUGGUCCCUAAACUAAUUCUAAUAGUAAUAGUUCACUGUCAAGAAGCUAAGUUUUGACAUGGAGGGGUAGAAUGGCUCACUCCAUCCUAGAUUGACUUCUGCUCCAAUAAGAUGAGACAAAUGAUUCUCUCUGACUGAGCUGGCUGCCUUUGGUGCUCAGAUGAAAGAGUGCUUCUUUAGUGGCAGCAUCAGUAAGAGAGCAUCCGAACCACUUGGGGUGUAUGUGUUUGUGUACCUAAGUCAGUCUGCAGAGGUUCUGAAAUGAGGCCAAGUGACAAGGCAAAAGGAAAAUCCUCCUGACUCCAGCGUAAUUUACACAUCCAUUUGCUUUGUUCUCUGAGUGGUAUCCGGUUCAGACAUCAGCCGUUGAGGUAUGAUCCUUUGCUUCUACAGAUCCUCUCAUUGUUAAAUCCUUAGUUUUAAAGUUACCCUUCCGGAUUGUUGAACUUGUCCCUCCACCCUAAACAUAUUAAACAGUAGAGAUCAUAGAACAGAAUCUUGUUCAGAGGCAUUGUUCACACUGGGCCAUUUCAUAUGUGUCCUACAGAGGAUGCAUUUCUUUGUGGGAAAGAAAGAAGAUGAUCUCAAUGUGGCUUUGUACUGCAUGCUAUUGGUGACACAGAAAUUAAUCUGAUUUUUUUUUAAAAAAAAAAAAUCUGUUGGAUUUGAAAAUCUGUUGGACAGAGAUUGGGUCCAGGUUCUUGCACUUUCAAAGUAUGAUGAUGCAGGAGUCUGUUUCUGAAAGGAAGGACAGUUAUAAUUUUCUGAGCAUUUUAUAUAUUUAUUUUUCACAUUUUGUAUAGAAUGCAAUAAUGAAAGCUCUUUGCACACUUUACAAUAAAUUACAAAGAUCCCAGUGAAACCCCCUGUUCUGUAUCUUACUAUGUGGAUCAAAAUUCAAGUACUGUAAAGACUGUUUGUAUGGAGACUUUGUUGUGAAACUAAAUCCUGUUCUGAGAACUAGCCUUACAAGCUUCAGGCAUAGCAAAUAGCUCCUCUGUCACCAGAAUACACAAUCCUGGUAUGUUUUGUUGAACCUGUAUCUAGACUUCUGCUUAUGAUUCUUUCCUGAAAGACCCACAUGAUUCUUAAAUUCACUUUUCAUGCAAAUUCUUUGUGGGUGUCUUUCCAUGGAGGAAAACCCUUAUACUGGGUCACUGCUAGCAAUGCAGGUGUCUGGUGAUCUAAAAGAGACUUGAUUAGGAGCUCACUUGUCCAUGUUUGUUAUUGUGGCCCCCAAGCCAGACCUUGGGGUGUGAAUCCUAGUGCACUUUUCACUGCAGGCUAUACGUGGAAGUAGACGUGCACCAUAGUCCUUCUAGGACACUGUCCUUUUCACAAUCAUAAACUCUGGGUUGUAGUCAAAGCUGCUGUUUUACUUGUGCAAUGGAAAUAGCAUCUUCCUGCACACACACAAAGUAAUUCAAAACAACCCUAAGACAAAAAAACCAACACCCACUAAAACCAAUUAAAUUUUACAUGGGGGUGCUUUUUUGUCCUAGCCAAGGUAACAGGAUGAAGUAAAACAUUUCCAGCAAAAACUGAUCCACUGAAGUGGGCAUAUGUGCCGAGACAGAAUUUUCUGUUUGAAAACAAACAAAAGAGCCUAUGGAAAAAUAAACACCAUGCAAUCUAUUGAUUUAUUUUGGUCACUGUGGUACUUUUCUUUUGUUUCUUUGUCUCAUCUAAUGCUAAUGUAUUGAGAUUAAAAAUGCUCUGUGCCUUGUUCAAACACAAAGGAAGCAGAUUUAAAUGCCCUUCUGACAACGAGAAACCCCUGGAGAAGCCCAUUUGCUUGGGGGGGGGGAGACUAUGGUCAGCUGGGCAUGCUGCAUGGUUUGUAUAUUGUAGUGAAUGCCACCCUAUGUGCCAAAGACACACAAUACACAUAACUUUGGAGGAGACAGACUGGAAGAUUUUGUGUGUGUGUGUGUGUGUGUUUAUCCCUUUGGUCAAGUACAGUUGACAACCAAGACUCCCACCAUAAAUUUGAACUCUGCUGAGCCCUUUAAAUAAGGAACACUGGGCAGAGAUGAAGCACAAAUGGAAAGACUCUGUUGGCACACACUGACAUUCAAAUAAUUCAUGCAGACUUCCUUCCUUCCUUCCUUCCUGUGCAAGCCGUAAGUAGAAAGUCAGUUGUCUCCUCUCACCUUCCUUGCCCCUUCCUCAUUCUUAAUAGUGCAGAUUGCUUUGAACAAUACUAUCAUUUCCAUGAUUAUCCCAAAUGCUGCAUUUUUUAGUGCAUUGAAAGUCAUAUUUUUGUUUCCAGGGAACAGAAGAAAGACUGGCAGACUGCUAGAAAAUUCUAUGGCACAGGCUAAAUAAAUAACUGAUGCUACCAUGGACUCCAAUUCCAGUGCAGGGAAUGGGACCAGCUCUGGCUUGAGCGACCUUUUCCUCCUUUAUAGCAAGAAUGUGUUUGCUGUCCUCUAUGUCCUCCUCUUCCUUCUGGGCAUGCCUGGAAAUGGCUUGUUGCUCUGGAUCCUUCUCCGAGGUCUCCAAAGAAAGAGUGGCAGCCACAUCUCACGCCUGACGGAGCCUCUCUUCCUCAACAUCGUGAUCCUGGACCUCCUCUUCCUCCUCUACAAUGCCCCUGUGAUGUUUGGCAACAUCCUUUUCAGGGACUGGCGCCUGGGCCGCCUGCUGUGCGUCACCAACCGCAGCUUCUCCUUGUGGGUCUCCUUUGCUGCCUUCUACAGCAUGCUGGCCAUUGCGCUGCUUCGCUAUAUGGCUAUCCUCCACCCCAUGAGAGUGAUGCCCAUCUCCCAAAAGCAGAUAGCUAUCGCUUGCGGGCUCAUCUGGGUGACCUGCCUUAUAUUCUCCGCUCCGCUCUGGAUUAAUUAUGAGAUCAUUCACGUGGAGGGGCAGACGUAUUGCGUGAACCAAAUGGCAUGGAAGGAAAUUAACCUUUACCUGCGGCUCCUGGGAGGGGUGGGCUUCCUGCCUCCCACAUUGCUGAUGAUUUUCUGCUACUUGAGGAUCAUCUGCACCCUAAAGGUUAGGAGGGCGCUCUCUAUGCACACAGCAUCCAGCCUACAAGUGAACUGGCGAGCUUCACUGAUGGCUUUGGUCACCAUGGUGACCCUGGUGGCCAUGUGGCUCCCCUAUUGGCUGGUGAUUUUCUUUAUCAAGGAGGACGAGUUGCUAACCACAGCCCCUAUGUACUUGGCUUAUCACCUGACGUCUCUCCUGGCCUUCGCCAACCGCUGCAUUAACCCCAUGAUCUGCUUCUGCCUUUCUUUCCAGUUUCAGGCCAGGCUGAGGAACCUCUUUCGGAGGGUAGGAAAGGGGAUUUGUCAAGUAGGUCCUAUCCAUUUGGGUUAGGUAGCACGUGACUAAGGUGUACAAUACACUUUGCUAAAGUUGUGUGGAACAAGCAUUUAUUAUUUCCUGUCCUGUAGCCUGUCUGAGGGAUCCCUUACAUCAGUGCUGGAGGGCUACUGAUUUCCUGUCCCUGCCCUAUGUGACAUUCCCAGAGCCCAUAAGGAGAAAAUCAUACGUGGUAACUUAAUUAGUUGUACUCCUUUAAAAUAUUUGAAUCUACUUCUAGAAAAAAUUGGUAACCCCCAGAGACCUUUAGUUUAUGUUAAAUCCUGUCUAGGGACUUCAUUUCCUAAAAUGCCUUAUGUAGCAUUCCGUUGCAUUAUUGAUUCACACGAUUGAUCAGUUCCUUUCUGCCAAUAACAUAUUUUAACUAUAACUUGAAGUUGAUACUCAGCUCGUAUCCAGGCAGAGAAGGGCUGCCUUCUGUUUGGACUACCAAACGACGCCUUUCAAUUGGUUAUUUCUGACUUGUUUGUGCCAUUAAUUGGACACAGAUUCAUUCCCAAGGAAUACUGCAUGUUCGUUUACCUGAAAUGGUUCUAGUAGCAGCAACAGACAGCGGUCACCGGAGAGAACAUUAAUUGUGCUGAAGCUUCCGGGCUGGGAAUUAAGAGUCCCUGAAAUAACCUUUAAUAUUUGAGCUGAGGAAAUCUAUUGACUUGUAGAAUGGGCUAAUGAGGUCUCAGUGAGAAACAAGAGUGUGGUUCAUUUUUCCUCUACCAUUAACAGCCAAAUUAUCCUAUACAGCAUAAUUACCUGAAGCUCCCUAAUGUGAAGAAGAUAUAGCUGGGACUACAUUUCCUAGCAUCCGUAACUUCUUAAGUUCCCAGGAUUCUUUGGGAUAAGCCAUGACUGCUAACGCGGUAUUAAAGUUGUUUUUAACGGAUGGUGUGUGUUGCGACCCAAAACUCUCUGAUCCUCACUUGACCCAAAAAUUGUGACUAGAGAGGAGUAGUACAAGGGGCUGUCAAAUCCAUUAAAGAUAUUUAUAUCUGAUUAUCUGCCUAGCUCUGUCCAAUUAUUUAUCCAAUGAUGUAUCAUGUUCACAUAUCACAACAUUUAAUAAAAAUGCUUUUUCGGAAGAGUCUU